CUGCGCGGCUCGUGCUUCGUCCUGAAUACACCGUGAUUGACACAGAGAGCAUGUGCAUCCGAGACCCAGCCAUGUCCGGCCAGCCUUGCUCGACUUCGGGCACGUCAACGCCUGCUGGAUAGCACCCUCAGGUUCCUCGAUGCAGUACCACGGAGGUACUCUUUCAUUCUACAGGUCCCGUCUCUUCGGCCCUUCUCUGUGUCUGAGGGCGCAGCUCAAACUUCUGGUCUGGACGGUCGCCCGAUCCUACGGAGGACUGCCUGCUCGAUCUCCGUUGCUAACUGGUAUACGAAUUCUCCUGCCAAGCGGCGUUGAGCUCCAUCACGCGUUUCCCGUGUCUUGGCAUCUCCAUUGCUUGUGGACUGCAUGCUUCCGCGUCCCUUAUCCCGAGGCGACAACAUGGUGCUGUCGGCGUUGCCUGCACGAUUGCGUCAGCAUCCCCAACGUUGCCAGUGUAUAAAGCUUAUGCUGCAACAGCACGUCUCUCCAGCCGCCGGCCUUCAUUGAGCACCUCGUCCUCUCGUCGCCAUGUUCUCCUCUGCUCUUCGCACCGCCCUCGUGGCCCUCGCUGCCUCCGCUGUCGCUGUGUCCGCAGAGCGCGGCCUCUCCCUCAAGGUCUCCGGACCCGAGGCGGUCGAUGGCGUCGACAACUUGAAGGUCACCACCACCCUCGUCAACACGGGUGACGAGACCCUCAAGCUGCUGAACGACCCCCGUGGUGCUCUGCACACGCUCCCGGCCAACACCUUCGACAUCGUCGCUGACUCUGGCGCGAGCCCGAGCUUCACUGGUGUCAAGGUGAAGUACGUGCCCUCCGUUGCCGCCAAGGGCACCGACGAGUCGCUGUUCACCGUCCUCGCCCCCGGCGAGUCCGUGUCGGUUGUCCACGAUCUCUCGGCUGCGUACAACUUCACCACCUCCGGUGCCAGCACGUACACCGUCGAGCCGUCGAACCUCUUCCACUUCGUCGACCCGACCACCAGCGAGCCCGUCGAGAUCCGCGCCGACGCUGAGGCACACGUCGCUGCCGUCUCCGGCAAGCUCGCCAUUGCCCGCCGGUCCCAGUUCUCCAAGCGCGAGACCUACGUUGGCUGCUCGACUUCCCAGAAGUCCGCGCUCACCACCGCUGCGCCCAACGCCCUGACCUACGCCACCAACGCGAAGUCGUACUUGACGGCCAACACCGCGGCGACGACGCGCUACACCACCUGGUUCGGCGCGUACACGGCCGCCCGCCACAGCACCGUGCUCAGCCACUUCACGAACCUCGCUGGCAACAGCUACUCGACGUUCACCUACGACUGCACGUGCACCGACUCCGGUGUCUACGCCUUCGUUGACCCCUCCGACUUCGGCUACAUCACCCUCUGCGGUGCGUUCUGGGACGCCCCCGCGACCGGCACGGACUCCAAGGCGGGCACGCUCAUCCACGAGUCGAGCCACUUCACGAAGAACGGCGGCACCGACGACGUCGUGUACGGCCAGUCUGCGGCCAAGUCGCUCGCCAAGAGCAGCCCCGCGCAGGCGAUCACCAACGCCGACAGCCACGAGUACUUCGCGGAGAACAACCCCGCCCAGUCCUAAGUGCUCGAUGGCUGCCCCGCGUUAUAGCGGGAACGUCGUCGGUGUAUUUAUGUAAACAACCC